AACUCCGGGCGGGCGGCUUGUUGUUAACAUGGCGGCGGGAGCUACCGGCACGUCUCCAGGAGGCGGCGGGGCCCACACCCGGAAGACGGGUCUAUUUUCGGCCUAGCGCGGCGGCCGCUGCGGACCCGGAAGUCCGGGCCGGUUGCUGAAUGAGGGGAGCCGGGCCCUCUCCGCGCCAGUCCCCCCGCGCCCUCCGCCCCGACCCGGGCCCCGCCAUGUCCUUCUUCCGGCGGAAAGUGAAAGGCAAAGAGCAGGAGAAGACCUCAGAUGUCAAGUCAGUUAAAGCUUCAAUAUCCGUACAUUCCCCACAAAAAAGCACUAAAAAUCAUGCCUUGCUGGAGGCUGCAGGACCAAGUCACGUUGCAAUCAAUGCCAUUUCUGCCAACAUGGACUCCUUUUCGAGUAGUAGGACGGCAACACUUAAGAAGCAGCCCAGCCACAUGGAGGCCGCUCAUUUUGGUGACCUGGGCAGAUCUUGUCUGGACUACCAGACUCAAGAGACCAAAUCAAGUCUUUCAAAGACCCUUGAACAAGUCUUGCAUGACGCUGUUGUCCUCCCUUAUUUCAUUCAAUUCAUGGAACUUCGGAGAAUGGAGCAUUUGGUUAAGUUUUGGUUAGAGGCUGAAAGUUUUCACUCUACAACUUGGUCCCGAAUAAGAGCACACAGUCUGAACACGGUGAAGCAGAGCUCACUGGCUGAACCUGUCUCUCCUUCUAAAAAGCACGAAACUACAGCAGCUUUUGUAACCGACUCUCUUGACAAGAGAUUGGAGGAUACUAGCUCAGCCCAGUUGGAAGGAAUUGACCUGAAUGAUAGAACUAGCAACGCUCAGAAUCACUUGCUGCUUUCCCAGGAAUGUGACAGUGCCCAUUCUCUCCGCCUGGAAACGGCCAGAACUGGAGCUCAUCGAGGUUCCGUGGAAACCCAGGAAUCCUCCAGACUUAUAAUAGCCAGUAGAAAUAGUCCCUCUUCUCCACUAAAGGAAUUAUCAGGAAAAUUAAUGAAAAGUAUAGAACAAGAUGCAGUAAAUACUUUUACCAAAUAUAUAUCUCCAGAUGCUGCUAAACCAAUACCAAUUACAGAAGCCAUGAGAAAUGACAUCGUAGCAAAGAUUUGUGGAGAAGAUGGGCAGGUGGAUCCCAACUGUUUUGUCUCAGCACAGUCCAUAGUCUUCAGUGCAAUGGAGCACGAGCACUUUAGUGAGUUUCUACGAAGUCACCAUUUCUGUAAAUACCAGAUUGAAGUGCUGACCAGUGGAACUGUUUACCUGGCUGACAUUCUCUUCUGUGAGUCAGCCCUCUUUUAUUUCUCUGAGUACAUGGAGAAAGAGGACGCAGUGAAUAUCCUACAGUUCUGGUUGGCAGCAGACAACUUCCAGUCGCAGCUUGCUGCCAAAAAGGGCCAGUAUGAUGGACAGGAGGCACAGAACGACGCCAUGAUUUUAUAUGACAAGUACUUCUCCCUCCAGGCCACACAUCCUCUUGGAUUCGAUGAUGUUGUACGACUGGAAAUUGAAUCCAACAUCUGCAGGGAAGGUGGACCACUCCCUAACUGUUUCACCACUCCAUUACGUCAGGCCUGGACAACCAUGGAGAAGGUAUUUUUGCCUGGCUUUUUGUCCAGCAACCUUUAUUAUAAAUAUUUGAAUGAUCUCAUCCAUUCGGUUCGUGGAGACGAGUUCCUGGGAGGAAGUGUCUUGCUGACGGCUCUGGGCUCUGCUGGCCCCACUGAGGACUCCCACCCCGGGGCGGCCGACAGCUCUGCCAUGCAGUCUAGUGUGAAAAAAGCCAGUGUUAAAAUUCUGAAAAAUUUUGAUGAAGCGAUAAUUGUGGAUGCUGCAAGUCUGGAUCCAGAAUCUUUGUAUCAACGGACGUAUGCAGGGAAGAUGACAUUUGGAAGAGUUAGUGACUUGGGGCAGUUCAUCCGAGAAUCUGAGCCUGAACCUGAUGUAAAGAAAUCGAAAGGAUCCAUGUUCUCUCAAGCUAUGAAGAAAUGGGUGCAAGGAAAUACUGAUGAGGCCCAGGAAGAGCUAGCUUGGAAGAUCGCUAAAAUGAUAGUCAGUGACGUUAUGCAGCAGGCACAGUGCGAUCAGCCGCUAGAGAAGUCCACAAAGCUAUGACUCAAGACCUGAGAUAAAGGAAAUCUGCUUUUGGAAAAUAGGAGAACUUUUUUCCUUUGGUUGGAUUCUUCCCCACAGCCAGUGAAAACAGAGCACUGUAUUUCUUCUCACUGUUGUUCCCAAGAAAGACUGGCAGACAAUCCUAGACUUCCACCGUCGGCAGAGUGUCGUGUAGACAUACCUGCACGUGAUGAUCACACAGUGAAAGUUGUAGAGACAGAGUGGUGUUGUUUACAUUACUAGAGAGUGACUAGUUUUCCAAUGGCAAUAACCCACGUGUGGAAGAGUGUUGGUCCACUGGGAUAGGCAGGGGCCACACGCCAUGGGAGACACAGAGGCGUAGAGCCGGUAUUUGAUGCACCUCCCUUGGCGGUGACCCACCCCAACAGCAUCAGACAGCGGGUACCAGACGGGCUUCGCUUGGUCUCCUGAACAGGCAGGGGAGUCGGCCCCUCAGGAGCCAGGCGGUGUGGUGCCAGCAGGUGGCUUUUCUUGCGGGGAGCGGGGUCUGCACAGAGGCGUUAAUUUGGAAGGAAGCUAACGGGCCGUGGGUCAAGUCUUGGUGACAUUGUCCUCCCCUUUGGUGACAGUGUAUGGUUUUCACGUUUUAAUUGCUCCUGAGACGCAGUACUCUUUUUUUUUUUUUUUUUUUUUUUUUUGCUGUACGCGGGCCUCUCACUGCUGUGGCCUCUCCCGUUGCGGAGCACAGGCUCCGGACACACAGGCUCCGCGGCCAUGGCUCGCGGGCCCAGCCGCUCCGCGGCAUGUGGGAUCCUCCGGGAUCGGGGCACGAACCCGCGUCCCCUGCAUCGGCAGGCGGACUCUCAACCACUGCGCCACCAGGGAGGCCCGAUGCAGUACUCUUAAAACCAGCUCCCCCGCUGCCGGAAGGGCGAGCCUCUGUGCUGCAAGUGGUAGGACUUGCUCCUCCGAGAUUCUGGGCUCCGGUGACGUCACCUCCCCUCAGAGUAAUUGUGAAAAGGGAUGUGCAACAGCCAUCACUCCAGUUUUCCCCUGUGGCUCCUUGAACAAAACGUUUAUUCCCAGACUGUAGAGUUUUUAAAGGCGGCGGGCGGGCAGGUGUGGGGACAGAGAGGCACUCAGCUCUGACUCUCUCCUCUUCUUUGCUCUGCGCUGGGAAGUGUGCAGGUUGUGGCCUUUUUCUUCUGUCUGUGGGGUAACGAGAGGCCCCUCCCUGCACUUCCACUUGGUCAGCUUCAGGGUCUGGUCCUCGCUGCCAUGGGCGGGGCCGCCUGGUCGGCCAGCACACUCCAUGCAGGCGGCGCCCGCGCCGCCUCACCACACGGACUGUUGGAGGGACAGAACGUUCUCUUAGGUGUUACUGCUUUUGCUCAGACUUGGCAAAAAAUACACAUAUACACAUAUGAAUAUAUAAUUAUCACCUCUGUCCUUGAGAAAGUCUUGAAUGAACAGAGAAUUUAUUCCACUGCAAUAUUUGGUUGUAUAGACACGCACUGUUUCAUCAACAGAAGAAGCAGAAAGGCUGUGUAUGAGUUUUUGGUACUAUGUACCACCUCUGUUAUUCUUCUGAAGUGAAGUAUUCAUGUACUUAAACCAUAUUCUAUUUAAUUGUGUUUGAUUUUAAAAUAUAUAUAUGAAUUAUAUUUAAAA